GAUCACAUAACCCCCUCAUGUGAUUUUGGCUUCAAAGUCUGGGUGCCUUUUAACUCUCCUAUCCUGAGACUGCGUGGACUUUCGGCAUUCCCUCUUCCGAUGGCGAUGAAGGAGGCGUGAAGCCCCGCGUAGCUUCCUGUUCUUGGUCCAGCGACGAACCGUGGGACCCGCAGGGUGGAGAAGCAGCAGCAGUGAAAUACGUGUGUCUGGGUUGAUAUUGCGCUGCAUGUAAAGUCAUGACUCCCCCGAGGGGCAGGCCGUGGCCAGGGAUGCGAUGAUUGGACUGUCCUCCUCCGUCUGGAGGAGCUCAGGGGUCUGUUUGCCAUGGGAUUGAUUUUUCACUCCGGAUGCAAAAGCGAGGCUCGAGCGCGUCGGGGCUGCACAUUGCACGGGUGCCUUUGAGCCCCGGCGCCGGGGAAGGCGUAUGGCUGGAUGCUGAGACAAAGUGCUCCUGCAGCUGGAGGGCUUCGGCGUGCCGAUCUCCCAGAAAACCCCCACAGCUCAUGCCAUGAAGGAGGAGAACUUUCUUCGUCGCAGGUUCUCCCUCUGUCCAGCCUCAUCCACCCCUCAGAAGGUUGAUCCUCGCAAGCUGACACGCAAUCUGUUCUUUGGGGCCGACAAUGACAUCUACCCACUCAGCCCAGGAAAAGACGUGGAAGGAAACAGCCCAUCAGCGCUGAGGGAUGAGAUACCACAGACUCCGAACUCUAUUAGUAAGAUCGAGUAUAAGCUUUGCAAUGGGUCUGACAAAGAGUGUGUGUCUCCCACGGCCAAAUUCACGAAGAAGGAAACACUGAAGGUACAAAAAAAAAAUUACAGACAGGAGAAGAAAAGAGCUACCAAACAACUCUUCAGUGCACUAAAGGAUCCCAGUGUAGUGAUCACAGCAGACUGGCUGAAGAUUCGUGGGACUCUGAAGAGUUGGACCAAGCUGUGGUGUGUCCUGAAACCAGGAGUGCUGCUAAUUUAUAAAACGCCAAAGAUCGGACAGUGGGUUGGGACAAUCUUGCUCCAUUCUUGUGAGCUGAUCGAGAGGCCCUCCAAAAAGGAUGGCUUCUGUUUUAAACUUUUUCAUCCUUUGGAUCAAUCAAUUUGGGCUGUAAAGGGCCCAAAGGGAGAAAAUGUUGGUUCAAUCACUCAGCCUCUUCCCAGCAGCUACUUGAUUUUCAGAGCAGCUUCUGAAUCAGAUGGUCGAUGCUGGCUGGAUGCUUUGGAACUUGCCUUGCGUUGCUCCAGCCUCUUCCGGCUCAGUGCCUCCAAGCAAGGAAAGGAUGGAGAAAUGAACUGUUCGAACGAUUCUGCGCAUGCAGGGCUCAACCACCUCUUGCACACAAGCCCUGUCUCAGACCAGGAGUUCUUCCAAUUGAAUGAAUCGGCCCUGGAGAACCACCACCAUUUGGAAAAUGAUGCUUUUUCAGACAAGUCUGAGAGAGACAACAUAGAAGAGUCAGAGAAUGAAAUGCAUGAAAACAGCCGGAAGACAAAUGAAAGUGAGAGCGAUCAGUCAGAAAUCCAUGGAGAGGUCUCUCCAGGAAGGAAAGGGACAACAUAUAUUGAACAGAUCUAUGAGGAGUUUGGGGAGACAGGUGAAUCAUCUCAAAUAGAAACUGUCUCUGAGGAGAACAAGAACCUGAUGUGGAUCCUACUGAAGCAGCUGCGGCCUGGCAUGGACCUGUCACGGGUGGUGUUGCCCACCUUCAUCCUAGAGCCGCGCUCAUUCCUUAACAAACUGUCUGAUUACUACUACCAUGCUGACCUGCUUUCCCAGGCUGUCCUUGAAGAUGAUCCAUACAGUCGAAUGAAGCAAGUUUUGAGGUGGUAUCUGUCUGGCUUCUAUAAGAAGCCAAAGGGAAUAAAAAAGCCAUAUAACCCUAUUCUGGGAGAGACGUUUCGCUGCUGUUGGUUUCACCCUCAGACAAACAGUCACACAUUUUACAUAGCAGAACAGGUCUCCCAUCAUCCACCGGUGUCAGCUUUUCAUGUCAGCAAUAGAAAGGAUGGAUUCUGCAUUACUGGCAGCAUUCUAGCUAGGUCCAAGUUUUAUGGUAACUCACUUUCUGCACUGUUGGAUGGGAAAGCAAAGCUUACGUUUCUAAACAGGGGAGAAGAUUAUAUAAUUACUAUGCCAUACGCCCACUGUAAGGGACUUUUAUAUGGUACAAUGACAAUGGAGCUUGGAGGGAAAGUUACCAUCGACUGUGAGAAAACUAACCACAGGGCAGAACUGGAAUUCAAGCUAAAGCCUUUCUUCGGUGGCAGCACAAGCAUUAAUCAAAUCUCUGGGAAGAUUAAAUCAGGAGAAGAAGUGUUAGCAAAUCUCAACGGACACUGGGAUGGGGAAGUGCAUAUAAAUGAGCUGAAAAAUGGGAACAUGGAAAUGUUCUGGAACCCGACUGGUGAAGUACGAAGACAGAGACUGAAGCGCCAUAUUGUGCUAUUUGAAGAGCAGACAGACUUUGAGUCAGAAAGGCUUUGGCAGCAUGUUAGCAGUGCAAUAAACAAAGGUGAUCAACACAAGGCGACACAAGAAAAAUUUGUGCUGGAAGAGGAACAGAGGAAUGCUGCCCGGGAGCGGAGAGAGAAUGGCACAGAAUGGAAACCACUGCUUUUCCGGCAUGAUGCCACAACUAACGAAUGGCACUACAAAUAUGAGGAUUUAAGACCUUGGGAUCCUUUGAAUGACAUUGCCCAGUUUGAGAAGAAUGGGAUUCUUCAGACCAUGGAAAGACACUUAUCCACAAAGAUGUCAAACCACAAAACAACACGCAUAAACAAUCAGAUUACACGGCACAAGAGGUCUGCCAAAGACUGCAGGCGACGCAAAACCAGUGAUCAGCCGUCCAACCACAGCCAAAACACAGAGAGCAGCUGUUCAACGCCAGAGUCUGUGCAGGAGCUCUCAGAUGAUGAUGGGUUUGAAAGCCUGUGUGCUCAGUGUGGGAAAGAAAUGACUCACCUGAAGGAAAUUCAUUCAGCUGUCUUAUCCCUACAGAAAGCCCAACAGGACAUACACAGAAACCUCAGUGCUCUGAACAAAAAGUCCUUCCACAGGAAAGUCUCUUCUGAAAGCUUCCUUCUGGACUCUCGCUGUUGGUUUCUUCUCUGCAUCUUUCUUACAUGUCAACUGUUCAUUAAUUAUGUCUUCAAAUAAAGUCACUACGUUUGGCAGCAAUAAUGAUUACUGGCUGCAGGAGGGGGGGCACUCACGCAAGGAGCCCAGCGAGGCACCAAAGCACUUUAGAACCAAUGCAGCAGAGGUGGAAGAAAGUUGAAAAACAAGGUUAAAAAG